GUUAUUGAUGCUAUUUGGAGUGGCAAGAUAGUCUACACUGCGGAAAGUUCUCGUUCGCUUCUCAGAGACGCUUAUAAGAUGUCUCCGAUUCAUUACUAUGACCCGCAAUUAUUUGAGUAUUCGAUAUUGAUCCCAUACAGACUCAAGAUACCCGCCAUUCGCUCGGUUUUGGAAUACGGCAACUUCCUGGUCCUCUUCGUUCUCUUUGUCAUUACGCUAGAAUUCUACGAUCCCGAUAAUAUCAAUUCGCAUGAAAAGAUCUUUAUGGUAUAUGCCACUGGGUUUGUCUUGGAGAAACUGGCUGCCAUGCAGGAACACGGUCUACGGGGUGCGUUAGCACAUGCACUUCAGGAUAUGCUCUAA